GGUACAGCGGGGUCAUUUUGGGUACAGUGGGUCAUGUCGGGUCAUGUCGGGUACAGUGGGGUCAUGUCGGGUACAGCGGGGUCAAGUCGGGUACAGCGGGGUCAAGUCGGGUACAGCGGGGUCAUGUCGGGUACAGCGGGGUCAUGUCGGGUACAGCGGGGUCAUGUCGGGUACAGUAGGUCAUGUUGGGUCAUGUCGGGUACAGUGGGUCAUGUCGGGUACAGUGGGUCAUGUCGGGUACAGUCGGGUCAUGUCGGGUACAGUCGGGUACAGUUGGGUCAUGUCGGGUACAGUCGGGUCAUGUCGGGUACAGUUGGGUCAUGUCGGGUACAGUGGGUCAUGUCGGGUACAGUCGGGUCAUGUCGGGUACAGUCGGGUACAGUUGGGUCAUGUCGGGUACAGUCGGGUCAUGUCGGGUACAGUUGGGUCAUGUCGGGUACAGUGGGUCAUGUCGGGUACAGUGGGUCAAGUCGGGUACAGCGGGGUCAUGUCGGGUACAGCGGGGUCAUGUCGGGUACAGUAGGUCAUGUUGGGUCAUGUCGGGUACAGUGGGUCAUGUCGGGUACAGUGGGUCAUGUCGGGUACAGUCGGGUCAUGUCGGGUACAGUCGGGUCAUGUCGGGUACAGUCGGGUACAGUUGGGUCAUGUCGGGUACAGUUGGGUCAUGUCGGGUACAGUUGGGUCAUGUCGGGUACAGUGGGUCAUGUCGGGUACAGUGGGUCAUGUCGGGUACAGUGGGUUAUGUGGGGUCAUGUCGGGUACAGUGGGGUCAUGUCGGGUACAGUGGGGUCAUGUCGGAUACAGUGGGGUCAUGUCGGAUACAGUGGGGUCAUGUCGGAUACAGUGGGGUCAUGUCGGAUACAGUGGGGUCAUGUCGGAUACAGUGGGGGUACAGUGGGGUCAUGUCGGGUACAGUGGGGUCAUGUCGGGUACAGUGGGGUCAUGUCGGGUCGGGUACAGUUGGGUCAUGUCAGGUCGGGUACAGUUGGGUCAUGUCAGGUCGGGUACAGUUGGGUCAUGUCGGGACCUUUGCUGAUGGCGUAGUCCUGCAUG